CAUCCCUGGGCUCCAUCUCCCGCUAUCCCAUGUCCCCAUCCCCCCACUCGGGGGUCCACGGGGGUCUCCCCAUUCCCGGGGGUCCCACCGCCCCUCCCCAGAUCAACGAGCUGAGCCAGGUGCCGCUGCCCGUGAUGCUGCUGCCCGACGACUUCAAAGCCAGCUCCAAGAUCAAGGUCAACAAUCACCUGUUCAACAGGGAGAACCUGCCCAGCCACUUCAAGUUCAAGGAGUACUGUCCCCAGGUGUUCCGCAACCUGCGCGAGCGCUUCGGCGUCGACGACCAGGACUACCAGGUUUCCCUGGCGCGCAGCCCCCCGCGCUGGGCGGGCAGUGGGCACCGCCUGCUGCUCUCGGCUGACCGCACGCUGGUGCUGAAGGAGCUGUCGAGCGAGGACGUGGCCGAUGUGCACGGGCUGCUGUGCCACUACCACCAGUACGUGGUGCAGUGCCACGGGCAGACGCUGCUGCCGCGGUUCCUGGGCAUGUACCGGGUGAGCGUGGACAGCGAGGACACCUACCUGCUGGUCAUGAGGAACCUGUUCAGCCACCGCCUGCCCGUGCACAGGAAGUACGACCUGAAGGGCUCCCUCGUGGACCGAGAGGCCAGUGACAAGGAGAAGGGCAAGGAGCUGCCCACCCUGAAGGACGUGGAUUUCCUCAACAAGAACGAGAAGGUGUUCGUGGAGGAGGAGCAGCAGCGCGACUUCAUGGACAAGCUCAAGCGGGACGUGGAGUUCCUGGUGCAGCAGAAGCUGAUGGACUACAGCCUGCUCCUGGGCAUCCACGAGGUGGAGCGGGGCGAGCAGGAGGAGGAGGAGGAGCUGGAGGAAGAGGAGCUCGGGGGGGGCGAUGACGGGGGGCUGGGGGGCCCCUAUGGCACCUCCCCGGAGGGUCUGGGGGGGCUCCUCAACUCCUACCGGCCCCUGGGGCCCGGCGAGUUCGACCCCUGCGUGUGA